UUCAAUUUAAAUAGAUAAAUUGCAAAGAUACUAAAAAUUAAAUUUUAGGCACUAUGUGGAUGUCUUUUGCCUAUACGACAACGGCCAGGAAAAAUAAAUUAUAUGUUCCAUCUGUCAAAACUCAAAAAUAGAAUUUGCGUUAAACUUAGAAGUUGGAAUUCUGAUGUUUCCGUGAAUCAAAAACAAAUGCUAUAUCUAUGAGACCCUUUAAAAUAAAAACAAGAAGACAGUGUUAAAUUAAAUCUUCUAAUCGCUUAACGAUUUAUUGUAAAGUUACAAAUUAUAACAGAUUUAAGAUAAUCAGUGAUUAAUUUUGGUGUAAAACAAUCAGUACGCUACGAAGUGAACAGUGAGUCGGACCGUACCGAGCUUACUCCGUGUCUGGGAAGUCAGCAGAGUCGGUCGGUUACUUAGUUGUCGUCAGUUUGCGAGAACUGCGGUUAGCGACAUAUUGGGUUCUGAUAUUCUCGACUGGCUAACCUACCCCCCUCAGAAAAAUCCGUACCAAGUACAAAAGUUGGCAUGCCUCGAAGUUUGCUGAAUGGUGCUUAUUAUGUGGUGCUGGACGAGGUGUACAGGGACACAACACGGCCUAUUAAAAAGAAUGAUUUUAAGAGAAUCCUUCGUUUUGGAGGUACAACUCGGAAGAGAAUAGAGCCGCUUUUAAAUAAGUGUGUUACUGAUAUAGCAGGUGUCUUUGUUGAGAAGAAAGUCCUGAGUGGAACAGUAGAGCUGGAACCAACCAAAAUGCCUUCCCACAAUGCUGAAGAAACUGCUCUGCUUGGCAUGGACGACAUCGAACUGAGAAACAUCCAGCUUCAGUUCCCGAGCGCGCGGCGGUUCAGCGGCGAGAGCGCGUGUGUCGAAGUGCGCGUGCGCACCGACCGCGGCGACAUCCUUGUUGCCAUUCAGGGCGACCGCAAUAAACCGGCCAUCAUCACCUAUCAUGAUCUCGGCCUGAACUACGUCUGCUUCCAACCGUUCUUCAACUACGUGGACAUGCGGGCGCUGCUGGAGAACUUCUGCGUAUACCACGUGAAUGCGCCUGGCCAAGAGGAGGGCGCCCCCAGCCUGCCUGAAGACUACAUGUACCCAACCAUGGAUGAGUUGGCCAACCAACUGAACUAUGUUAUGGGCCACUUCGGCCUCAAGUCGUUCAUCGGCUUCGGGGUCGGUGCCGGCGCUAACAUACUCGCCAGAUUCGCUCUCGUCCACCCGCGCAAGGUGGACGUAUUGGCGCUGAUCAACUGCACGUCGGGCCAGGCGGGCUGGAUCGAGUGGGCGUACCAGAAAAUGAACACGCGGUCCCUGCGCUCGCGCGGCAUGACUCAGGGCGUGCUCGACUACCUCAUGUGGCAUCAUUUCGGACGGUUCCCCGAGGAGCGCAACCACGACCUGACGCAGAUGUACCGCACGUACUUCACGCGCAACGUGAACCCGACCAACCUGUCGCUGUUCAUCGAGGCGUACGUGCGCCGCUCCGACCUGGGCAUCACGCGCGACGCCGACACUAUCAAGGUGCCGGUGCUCAACAUCACCGGCGCCAUGUCGCCGCACGUCGACGACACCGUCACCUUCAACGGCCGGCUCAACCCCAACAACUCCACUUGGAUGAAGAUUUCAGACUGCGGCAUGGUGAUGGAGGAGCAGCCAGGCAAGGUGUCGGAAGCAUUCAGGCUGUUCCUGCAAGGCGAGGGCUUCGCCGUGUUACCAAUACAGAAAUGCAUCACCCGACUUAGUAGCACUGUUACGCCGCUCACCCCGAACGCCAUCUAGUCAACCUGUUGCGACGCUAAUGUAGAAUAAAUUGGCGCCACUGUCGCCGACCAAGAUAGUUGCGUUCCGGCGGCUGUCGGACGCGGAGCGGCGCCGCCCGUGCCGCCACUCCUCCGUCAUCCGCAUUACGGAGAACCCCAUCUCGGAGGCGGUCGUGUGUUAAACACCACCCGACCACGCCCGGGCUCGCCACUUCAUCGCACCGAUGUGGAUCUCACCCGUUUGUAACCGAAAAUAAAUUUAAUAAUAUAUUCCCACAUGUAAACAGAUCUGUUAUCAGUAGGCCACGUAUACAACCAAAAAUAUUGUGAAGGGACAGAAAGAUCGUCGGAAUGCUGCCAAUCUUUAAGGUUGGAAUAUUUAUUAUUUAGAACUGAAAUAUUGUCUGAAAAAGAAUUCCAGCGGCACAUGCGUGCCGAUACAGUUUGUGUACAUAUCGGAAAUGGAUAAUGCGUGAAACUGUCUAAAUAUUUACAUGUAAUGCUUUUAGUUUACUACAGAAAACGAAAGCGGAAUGAUGAGGUAUGCGAGCCGGUCGGGUGAAACAACGUCUAGUUAAGUUUCCCACUCCAUGAGUCGCACUGUUGAACCUAAUUAUACUUCUAUCAUUGUAUAAUUUAAGGAAAAAAUUCUUAGUAUCCACUCAUUUUAUUAUACAAAAUAUCACACUAUUGGACGUUAAACAUUAUUCUGUUAGGCUAAAAUAAGUUAAGUAUUUAUUUACGCAAAUAUGUAAGCAAGUUAGUUAGCAUUGUUUUGUAAUUUAGUAUUAAAAGUAACACGAGGGAAUGUCCGCACCGACACAGUGGGGACGGCGUACCCUUCAUGGGGUAUCCAGAACGCGCUGGAGCUGUAGAGGUACGGUUGUUGAUAGCACAAGUUUCAGGCUUGAGUUCAUAUCAGAGAUAUUGUUAAGUGUCGGUUGAUGUCGCGUGGUUCCUAAACCCAUGCUUUGCUAUUGAACAAGGGUACGCUGUCCUGAGCUAAAAGCGUCACUGUAUUGGUGCGUGCAGAGAGUCUUUGGGUGCUAUGCUAAGACCAAGAUAGUUAUUGGGACGAUUUAAGAGAUUUUUGUGGUAUAUUUUAUGUGACAAUCGUGUUUUGUUGAUUAUUAAAAUUAAAGGCCUAAUGUUGACAAGAGAUCUGAAUGUUAUUAAUUUAAUUUAUUUUAAUUAGAUGUCUGUUGAUAUUUAUUUGAUCAGUAUUAAUUAUUUCCAUUGUAAGAUUACUUUACUUUUGUAGAUAAUUACCAGUCACCGCUUGCAGUCGUCGUAGGUAUCUAUAAUAUAAUCGCGCGUUUGCUUCGUAAUGUAAGAUGUUAAUUUCUAUUUUGUAUUAUGGAGAGGUUUGUCUGAAGGCGGAUAUAUUAACGAUCGUGAUGGAAAGUUAUCACGUGUAGUUUGACUGAUUGCUACGCACUGUAACUUUAUAAAUCAUCGAUAUCUGUAUUAAGGAUAACUUAAAAAUAUCAUGUUAUAUAGGAAGACAAGUUGGCAGUUUGCAUUUUGAAAUAAUAGUAUAUAGUUUUCUGUUUAUCGCUGGCUACGAUAUUAGACGACUUCACUGUAGAUAGGAUCUGUAGAUAGAUCUAAGUAGAACCCAUUUUGUAUCCCAUAGUGUAAGCACGUCCGCGGAACGCUUCGCGGGCGCGCCUCUGCGUGAAUGUUCAAUGCUUCGUAGAAGUACAACUAAAUAGUAAUCAAGUUCUAUUCGCGCUAAUAUUGUGUAGAGAAAAAAAAAUACUACGUAGAUCAUGUCUUGCGUUUCCAAAUUUGUGUGAGAAUAUUAUUGGGUCUAUUAAAAGGUGAUUUUUUAAAUA